AUGGGGAAUCAGAAUGAAACAGACAACUUGGAGCUUCGCGAGGCCAGCAAAAACUCGGUAGUCUCUGUCGACCGGUUCUCGGAAGAGCCAAAGCCGACAUAUCCUGAGAAGAAUGUUGCCCGAGCAUAUCCCUCUGCGUCAGAGAGCGAGGGCGGCUCGUUGAAGAGGCUUUUCAGCUUUGCUCAGCUUCUUGCGUUUUCCUUGACUUUUAUGGAAUCAUGGGAAGUCAUGGCGAUCAACAUCUCAGCGACGUUUUGGAACGGUGGCCCCCAAUCCCUUGUUUGGGGUUGUCUUGCGGUCGUCAUUGGAUCUCUUGCUCAAGCUUAUUCGAUGGCCGAGUUGGGCUCUAUCCUCCCGAUCGCAGGUGCUCAAUACCAUUGGACUCAUAUUCUGGCACCAGAUCAUACCAGAAAAUUCAUCACAUGGAUGCAAGGCUGGGUCACCUGGUUUGCCUGGGUGUCCGCCCUUGCCGGUAGCACUUCUGGCUUGGCUGCGUUGAUGCAAGCCUUGAUCCAAGACAAUAUACCCGAUUACUCCGCUCCGAGAUGGCAUCUUACUCUGAUCAUGUGGGCUUUACUAAUCAGUGUCGGCCUGCUGAACAUGUACUUGUUCUGGCUCAUUCCGUGGUUGGAGCUGACAGCCGGUAUCAUGCAUGUCAUCCUCUUCAUCAUCUUCGUGGUGGUCCUGGUCACCCUUGGCCCCAGACACGAUUCUCACUUCGUAUGGUUCACGGAAUCCAUAUUAUCCGGGUGGGAUCGAAGCAGUUUCGUUGCUUUUAACCUAGGGAUGUUGGCACCGGCCUGGGGUUUCAUCGGAUUUGACGGCGUCGUCCACAUGUCCGAAGAAGUCCGCAAAGCGAAACAUGCUGUUCCCCGAUCCAUGAUCUUGACCAUAGUCAUUAACGGUGUCAUGGCCUUUGCCAUCAUCUUGGUGUUGCUCUACACCAUGGGCAACCCAGACGGUGUCCUAGAUGCAGCCUAUCCAAUUAUUCCCAUCUGCAUCAAUGCAACUGGAUCCCGCCCGGCUGCAAAUGCCAUGGCAUCAGGACUGAUCAUCGUGACAUAUUGUGUCGUGGCGGCCAGUGUAGCUUCCGUCUCCCGAAUCACCUGGGCCUGGGCUCGGGACGGUGCCCUGCCCAAGUGGCUCGCAAUCAUCGACGCAAAGCACCAUGUUCCCAUUCAUGCGCUCUGGCUCCCAAUCGUGAUCGUUAUGCUGCUUUCUCUGCUCAACAUCGGAUCCACGGCGGCCACCGCCUUCAGCGCCUUUACCGCCCUGUCUUCCCUCGGGCUGUACACCUCCUACAUCAUCGCCAUCAGUUGCAUUCUGCAUGCUCGUUGGAGUGGGCGCCUCAGCGACAAACCGGAUGCUCCUGUCCCUUUGGGUGGUUGGCGCAUGUGGAGGGGAAUUGGAGCCCCUGUCAACAUCUUCGCUCUGUGCUGGACAAUCUACCUCACGAUCUGGCUGCCCUUCCCCACCACAUUACCGGUCACGGCCACCAAUAUGAACUAUGCGCUUCCAAUCUACGCUUUUGUCGUAUUUGCUUCCCUUGGAUACUGGUUCAUCUGGGGCAGGAAACACUGGCCUGGUCUCAACCUCUCCGCGAUUGGAAGAAUCGAGGCUCACGACUAG